AUGACUUCUCCAAUGAUCCAGAAAGAUAUUGUGAGUGCUUGUAAGAUAGAAACAAUUAAAGCUAUUCUUGAGGAAUUAAAUGGUGACUACUUUUCCUUACUAGUUGAUGAGUCUUUUGAUGUGUCACGCAAGGAGCAAAUGGCUAUUGUCUUACGAUAUAUUGAUAGAAAUGGAUUUGUGAUGGAGCGACUUCUUGACAUUGUUCAUGUUCAAGAUACUAGUGUUUUAUCUCUAAAGAGGGCAAUUGUUAAUUUACUUGCUCAACAUUCCUUGAGUCUAUCACAUGUGCAUGGACAAUGUUACGACGGGGCAAGCAAUAUGCAAGGUGAGAUCAAUGGCCUUAAAAUGUUGAUUAGGCAAGAAAGUAGAUCGGCCCAUUCCAUUCAUUGUUUUGCUCAUCAACUUCAACUAACUCUUGUUGCGGUCUCAAAAAAAUGUAUUCAAGUGGGAAAACUUGUAGUAUUGGUUUCAAAUAUUUUGAAUGUAUUGGGAUCUUCUUUUAAGCGUAUGGAUGAAUUUCGAGAUUCUCAAAAAGAAACAAUUCAAGAGGCAUUAGAUUUGGGUGAGCUCACAACCGGUAGGGGCUUGAAUCAAGAACUUGGUCUUUCAAGAGCUUGUGAUACUCGUUGGGGAUCUCAUUUUAAAUCUUUUAACAAUUUUAUUCUUAUGUUUGGCUCUAUUCUUAAUGUUCUUGAAUCACUUGUUCUUGAUGCACGACUAUUGGAUGAAAGAGCCAAGACAAUGGGAUAUCUCGAAGCUUGUCGAACUUUAGGAAUCACAAAUGAGCUUAAUAAAUGCUUACAAAAAAAGGAGCAAGAUUUGGCAAAUGCCAUGCUACUUGUUGAAGUAGCAAAAAGAAGGUUGCAAGCGUAUAGAGAUGGUGGAUGGAAUUCUCUUAUUGCUAAGGUAUCUUUGUUUUGUAUCAAGCACGAAAUUUUGAUACCUAACUUUGAGGAUCCAUAUGUUAGCUCUUUAAGAUCACGACGGAGACUUGGUAACAAUAAAGUCUCACAUCAUUAUCAUGUUGAAGUGUUUUGCAAUAUUAUUGAUUGGCAACUUCAAGAACUUAAAGAUGGUUUUGGCGAAGCGACGACUGAUUUGCUUCAUGGAAUUGCUUGUUUGAAUCCAAUUGAUUCAUUUUCAAGUUUUGACAUCAGAAAGAUAAUGAAAAUGGCUAAAUUAUAUCCUGAUGACUUUAAUGAAUUCAAUAUGGGCACUCUUGAGAAUCAACUUGCAAGUUACAUUAUUGAUGUUCGUGAUGUUGAUGAAAGGUUCUUAAAUCUAAAAGGACUUUGUGAUAUUUCGAAAAGAUUAAUUCAAACAAAGAAGCAUUCAAAUUAUCCUCUUGUAUUCCGCUUAGUGAAACUUGCUUUGCUUCUGCCAGUUGCCACUGCAUCCGUUGAAAGAGCUUUUUCGGCAAUGAAAUUUAUCAAGAAUGACUUGCGGAGUCAAAUGAGUGAUGAUUUUCUUAGCGGUUGUUUGGUGCCUUAUCUAGAAAAAGAUGUAUUUGAUAAUGUUUCUAAUGAUGCUAUUAUUAAGACAUUUCAAGCUAUGAAACCUUGUAGAGUACAAUUGUAA